AUGACAAAUACUAAUUCCUAUGUAAUUGGUGUUGAUCAUGUUAGAUUUCAUGUGGAUAAUGCUCUUCAAACAGCAGCCUAUUAUAUUUCAAAUCUUGGAUUUGUUCCGAUGGCUUAUGAAGGAUUGGAAACAGGUAAUAAGGAUUUUUGUACACAUGUAAUUCGACAAAAUGAUAUUGUCUUGGCCUUUACUUCUCCUCUUCAUAAGGCUCCUUGUGUAUUACAGACCAAUGUUCAACUUCAUCCAUACUUGUUCACCACAUUGAAACACUUUGAACAAACAAAAACAAUUGAAUACAAGGAUGAAGAUCCUAUUAGAAAAUUCUAUAAAUCAUUGGAAGCUCAUGGAAGUAAUCAUGCUCAUGAUAUGGCCUUGUUAGUGAGUGAUGUUGAAAAGGCCUAUGAACAAGCUUGCAAACAUCCAAAAACAAAAGCACUCACACCACCAACUAGAUUAUAUUUGGAUGAGGAUAAGAGUAGAUUUAUUGAAUUUGCUUGUAUUGCAACACAAUUCGGAGAGGAUGCUUGGAUUCACACAUUAAUUAAUAGAGAUCAUCAAGGAAGUGAUAUUGGUCAGGUUUUCCUUCCAGGAUUCAGACAGAGAAAAUUAAAUCCAGACCAAGAAGUUCCACCUCAACAUUUGGAAUAUGUUGAUCAUUUUGCUAUUGCUAUUCAUAAAGGAACUCUCAUUGAGGGAAUACAGUGGUAUUCCGAAGCAUUGGGCUUUGAAAGAUUCUACAAUAAUGAUGAUGAAGAGGAUCAGAAGGGUAUUCAAAUUGAGAGCUCGGAGAAGGAUUUGGGUGGAUUAACUACAAUGGUAGUUGCUCCUUCAUUAAUUUCAUCAUUGAAUAGACAUAUUGAAUUACACGAGCUCAACAAGCAAUCUACUAAGGAAAUGAAUGAGAGUGAAAUACAUCACAGAAGAGAAUUGAUUGCCUCCAAGGUCAUGAAGAAAAUGAUCAAGUUUGUACUGAUUGAACCUGUCAAUACCAAACAAUCAAAGAGUCAAAUUCAAGAAUUUUUGGAUUAUAAUGAUGGACCAGGUAUUGCUCACUUGGCUGUUCAUACAGAAGAUAUUAUCAAUGCAGUUUCUAAAUCUAGAAAGGCAGGUGUUGAUUAUAUCACAGUUCCACCAACCUAUUACACAAAUUGGAGGGAAAAGAAGGAAUUGUACGAUAUGGUCAAUGAGGAUUGGACUCUAUUGGAAAAGAAUGCAAUUUUGGUGGAUGGUGUUGUCUUUUCUAAGGAAGAUGAUGAAUCAUUACAGGAAAAUCAUGGAUUCAGAUAUCUCUUACAAACUUUCACUAAACCAAUUGAGGAUAGACCAACAUUUUACUUUGAAAUUAUUUCACGUCGUGGUAAUAGCGGAUUUGGUAAGGGAAAUAUUAAAGCCCUCUUUGAUGCUAUUGAGAGGCUUCAAAUUGAGAGAGGAAAUUUAUUUAUUGAAGAGGAUAAACAAUAGAUUAUCUGGAAUGGCAACUUGGAUUUUUUUAAUAGAAAAUAAACAAUGAUACU